UUUUUUCAUUCAGAGUCCCGUCGCCCUGCGGUGGGCACUUUGUUUGUGCAGUUGUGAGGUCUUUGCUCGAUCGCGCCGAGGUGAUUUUUUUUGUCUCAUCUCAACUCACUUCUUGUCCGAGCUGCGGGUCGAGGUGUGGAUCGUGUCAGCGCAGCAGCAGCAGCAACAGCUCUUGGCUAGGCCUGAAUCCACCUCGCAAUCACUUAUGGGCUUUGAAAAACAAGCCUGGCAUUCUCCAGAAUAGUGUGUGAAUGGAGCAGUGUGCGAGUACAGCCUCCCUGCUGGCCUCGGUGCGGGAGCAGGAGAGGCAGUUUGAGAUGCUGAGCCGAGCUCUGGAGGAGGAGCGGAGGUCGUGUGCCGGCACCCUGCCCCGCCCCCUCCCCAACAUGCAGAACGGCCGCAUUACUUGUGAUGCAGACAUAGAGAGGCUGACACUGAACGAGGGUUAUAUCAACGGGACACAUCACUUCAGGAUGGAGCCUGGCCAGGUGGUGCAGGAGACAUACACAGUGGAGGAAGAUCCUCAGGAGGCACCACCUGUUGUCUCUGUGGAGACCAGUGAAGAUGGGACCACACGGCGCACAGAAACUACGGUAAAGAAAGUAGUAAAGACCACCACCACUCGCACAGUCAUCCCCUCUGUGUCAGACACACUUUCCCUGGAUGGUGGGGGUUCAGUGACCGGUAUGGGGGGCUACACUGCACCCAUGGUCUACAGACCGGGACCUGGGGGGGGUGUGCCCAUGGACUACCCCACUCGCACUGUGCCUCGCAACUACCACUAUGGACCACCAGGGAGUUACGAGGACUACCGCACUGGACCCCCAUCUGAGACCUAUGCGAGCCUUAGCAGGGGAACUCACAUGGAUAAUCGCUACAGACAAGUCCAUCCAGAUGGUUACAGUACCCUGGAUCCAAGCUACAGAGCCCCCAGCCGGAACCAACUGGACCCCUAUGCGGCUCAGCCACAGGUUGGGCGUAUGGGAAGUGCCAUGGAGCUGUCUUCCAUUCCGAGGUUUGUCCCAGAGCCGUACGGUCUGGAGGAUGAUCAGCACAGCAUGGGCUAUGAUGAGCCUGACUAUGGCAUGGGACACCCAGUACACUAUGGCACUGUACCCCGCAACCACCAUGCAUUCCCACAUGGGCCCCCACGCAGGACUGGGAGUUACGAGGGCACCUUAGAUGGCGACAUGAGCGGUCCAGGAGACAUGUACUACUGGGGAGGAGGAGCACCACUGGCCCAAGGUGAAAGAGGUAGCAUGGCUUCAUUGGACAGCACUCUAAGGAAAGUUCCUGGCCCCGGCGGCUGGCGUCAACCAGAAUUGCCAGAGGUUAUCGCCAUGCUCAACUACAGGCUGGACCCCGUCAGGAGCAACGCAGCUGCAUACCUGCAGCACCUCACAUAUAAGAAUGAUAAAGUAAAGUCUGAUGUGCGUCGGCUGAAAGGCAUCCCAGCGCUGGUCGGUAUGCUUGACAUCCCAAACAAAGAGGUUCAGUAUGCAGCCUGUGGAGCAUUAAAGAACAUCUCGUAUGGCAAAGAUCCAGACAACAAGAUCGCCAUCAAGAACUGUGAUGGAGUGCCUGCUCUGAUCAGGCUGCUGAGGAAGACCCAUGACCAGGACCUCACUGACACAAUCACAGGUACACUGUGGAACCUGUCAUCUCAUGACUCUGUGAAAAUGGAGAUUGUGGACCAUGCACUGCACGCCCUUUCUGACGAGGUAAUGGUGCCCCAUUCUGGCUGGGAGAGAGGGAGCAACGGAGCAGGAGGAGGGGAGGAGAACUGCAAGCCGAGGCAUCUUGAGUGGGAGACGGCCCUCACAAAUACAGCAGGCUGCCUGAGAAAUGUGAGCUCAGAGCGAAGUGAGGCAAGGAGGAAGCUGAGGGAGUGCACAGGAUUGGUUGAUUCACUCAUGUACAUUGUCCAGUCCCAGAUUGAUUGUAAAGAUGUCGACAAUAAGUUGAUAGAGAACAGCGUGUGUCUGCUGAGGAACUUGUCCUAUCAGGUGCAUCGUGAAAUCCCCGGCUGUGAGCGCUACCAGGAGGCCGUGCCCAUCAACCAGGGCCCCGCCCCCUCUAGCCAGAAGAGCGGCUGCUUCAGCUCCCGCAAGAGCAAAGAUGAGUGGUUUUCCAAAGGUAAGAAAGAUGAGGAUGCAGCUGCAGAUGUAAUAGACAUUCCAAAGAGGACCACACCUGCUAAAGGCUAUGAGCUGUUGUACCAGCCAGAGGUGGUCCGCAUCUACACUUCUCUGCUAAAGGAGUCCAAGAACCCCACUGUGCUGGAAGCCUCCGCUGGAGCUGUUCAGAACCUGUGUGCCGGGCGCUGGACUUAUGGGAGAUACAUCCGUGCCUUGCUGCGCCAGGAGAAGGGUCUACCCAUGAUGACUGAGCUACUGGCCCACGGCAACGAUCGCGUUGUCCGCGCCAUGUCUGGAGCCCUCCGCAACCUUGCCAUUGAUGCACGCAACAGAGAUCUGCUAGGUAAACAUGCAGUGCCUCACCUGGUGGCCAACCUGCCUGGCGGUGGUCAGAGUCAGCCGGUGCGAGCGCUGUCAGAAGAGACGGUGGUGUCGGUAUUGAGCACACUCCAUGAGGUGUUGGGCUCCAGCCUGGAUGCAGCCAAGACCCUCAGGGCCUCACAGGGAAUCGAGAGACUGGUGCUCAUUAACAAGGAUGGUAAUCGUUCUGAGCGGGAGGUGCGUGGGGCUGGCCUGGUGCUGCAGACAGUGUGGGGCUACAAGGAGCUGCGGCGCACUUUAGAGAAGGACGGCUGGAAGAAGACUGACUUCAUGGUCAACCUAAACCCUCCUAGCAGCAACACGAGGGCCAAUGGAGGAUAUGAGGACAGCACUCUGCCACUCAUAGACAAAGGGGGCAAAGAGGACCGGGAAAUGAUUCCAAUGAAUGACUUGGGACCAGAUGCAUACUCCACACUGGACCAGAGAGGGAGAAGGAACACUCUGGAUAACACACUCGAACCUGCUGACAAAGAUGCAGUACAGGGAGGGAUGUAUGGGGAGAGGCAGGCCUCUUUGCCUCUAAUGGAUUCUUAUGAUGGUUAGGCUACACCCACUGUCACACUGCAUGUCAGCGCAUGAAAAACUAAUCGUGUGCAUCACAAGACGACAGCCUCCUCCCACCUACUGCCCUUGCUAAACUGACAAUGGGGGACCACUACACUACCGAUGGGACUAAACUCCAUCCUUUACGCUCAACUCUUCUGUCCCUCUUUACUCAUUUGCAGCUUUUCUUUCCCCUGUUUCCCCUUGUGACAUUCCUCCAUAGCAGCUGACAAACGAAUGAAACCACACAGAAUAACCGACGUGGAUCUACGCUCCCUGUGGACAACUGGACGAGACACUAAGACCACUUUGUGCUCUGUGAGCCCCUGAACUUCAAAAUGCUAACCACUCAAUCAGACACCACGGCCACAACACUACAUAUCCACACUACACUAUAUAACACUACAGCCUGCCUGGACAACACUAAGUCUCUCCUGGGCAAAAAGCAGAGACUGUGGCUUCAACAUUUCUAUUUCUUGGAGGUCGGAGCGUAGUCUUAGAAUAAUUAAGCUCAUUAGAAAGAACUGUGGGAUCAGAACAGGACACUUGUGGUGAAAUUUUACAUAAAUGGCUAUUACACUGUUUUCAAGAAAUCAAGGAAAUGUGUCUUUUUCUCUCUCUGAUGGUUAAAUACUAGAACAUUUUUUCCUGCCACUGAGAACCAAUGUUUAAUGAUCUGAUCAGAUAUGUGUAAAGCUUCUGCUUCUGUUUUAGUAGUGGUUGUUCCUCUUCUUGCCUUGCUCUGUACCACAGUAAUGGACAUGUGCCAAAUGACACUGCUGCGACUGUCAAACGCAAGAAGUUCAGACACUCAGACUUUUACUGCAGCUACACUGAAAACUGUCAUCUGCUUUGUUUUGUGUGCAGCUUGUGUCGGUGACAGUCCAUCGCCAAGAUGCAUGGGGAUUCAGCCUUUUCUCUAUUUGAUUGUGAUCCAUAGACAUAAAGGGGUGGAGGUCCCUUUAUAGAUAUUCCUACAGAGGAGACAAAUUCUUUUCCAUCUCCUUGGAAUGGACAGUAUAGUAUAUGUUUCUAAAGUGAUGUUUCUGUUAAAUGUAAGCACCAUAACUUUGUAAUUCUUGGAAGAUAUCACAGGAUUCAUGGGGGGCAUUUUCUUGUAUCUGCAGGUCUGUAAUCUUAUGAAUGUAAAUACAAGACUGUCUGUAAAUGCAUGUGUGUGGGCUAACUGGAGUGCCUCACUCAUUCAGGAUAGGUCUGAUGAGUGUGCCCAACAUGACAUGGGUAACAAAUCAAGGUGUGUUUUUCUGGGGAGUACUGUAUAUGGAAUUCAUCAGUUUUCUAUUCUGCAAAACAAUGGAGUAUGUGAACCUGUAUGUAUGUAAGAGUUGAUUUGUGUUAUUGGAAUGAUUUUUACAGGUAUAAGACUCCUGAGUUCUGUAUAAUUUACGGCUCCACAAACCCACAGCCUAUUUGGCUUUAAGACAACAGAUCAGUACAUGGGAGAUGUUUCUGCCCUCAUUUCUUACGUACAGUGCUCGUUCUGUAGAAGAUGGCAUACCGGUAUUCUUAGUGCCGAGUGAGAUGUAGAUACUUACUGACUGGAUGAUUAAAAGAAGCACUAGGGGGCAUAAUGUGUGUUUUUCUUCUUCUUCUUCUUCUUCUUCUUCUUCUUCUUCUUUUUCUUCUUUUUUUUUUUUUUUUUUUUAAAACCUUUCCUUUGUUUUCCAUGCCAAUUGAAACGUGACAGGAUGCCUCAUUUUCUCAAAGUUGCCUUCAAGAGUGGACUGACUAAAAGAGGAGAAAUGGAGGAGAGCAAGGGUUUGUGAUAGAAAUCUCCAUGUAAGGAGGCAUAGACCUGAAUUUACUAUUAGAUAAGUGGGGAAAAAAAUAAAAGCACAUUUAAACUAUAUAUACAAGAGAAUAUUUGUUAAUUUUAAUGGUUUUAUGUAUUUCUUUUUUUUUUAUAUUGAUUUGGGUUUAACUGUUUUGGGUGCUCUUGGUGAACGCAUAUGCAAUCAGUUUUUAUGUUUUGAUUGAUCUUAAUGAAAUGAUAAAAUCCUCCAACAGAGUCCUCAGAUACUGGAACACUAAUGGAAAAAUCUGAUUCUGGACUACACCUUAAUCUCUUUGCCUUGGCUCUUAAAGUUGCACAUUCUCAUUUAUGAAUGAAUUAUGUAACUAGCAAUACUGUUUUUAAUAAAAAAAAGAAAAUGAUUUC